AUGGAACGACCAAAGCGAUUGAUCAAGCCGAAUUCUCACUACGAUCCAAAUAUUUAUGUUCUUGCUUCAUUUUCAAAGAAAAAUAAACAUACAAUUUUACCAAAACAUCGCGUCAUCAUUGAUGCCAUAGAUGAACAAUGUGGCACUGUCAAAUCAUCGGGCUUCUUGCAGUCUAUUCGAAUAAUUCAAGAAGGAACGCAAGCUAAAUUUAGAGAGAGAUCGACUCAAUUUAGUCGUGACACAGGAAGCGAAGAAGUUGAUCGUCAACCACUGAACGACAACGAAGAUGAUGAAAUGGAUGAAAAUUAUGUUUAUGCGUCUAAAAGCGCCGAUGUUCAAGAUGAUGCUAUGUAUCAUCUGCAAAUAAAAAUUGAUAAGACAAAAGAUUCGACAUUAGAUUUCAGCCUAAUUAGUGGUUAUAAACAAAAUUCAAACAAUCAAGUACGUAUUACACAUCAUGAUGAUGGUCAAGGUGGCGCACUGGGGUAUAUUGAUGCACCAACGACAACUCUAACUCAAAAUAUUGUGCAAGAUAAAGAUUUUUCAUCUCCUGCAGCAUUAAUUAUUGAUGAGACGCUGAACAGCAAUGAAGAUAUGCAAAACUCCACAAGUGUUUUACCUGAGAUUAGCUAUCGUUAUAGCGAUUUAUCUGCAUCUGAUGACGAUGAUGAAUAUGCAUUGACAGCAACCACGGUAAAAGCGGUACAGAGGAAACGGAAGCGAGCGUCUCGAUCCACACAAAUGAAGCCAGUGGAGAAUUCUGAUACCACGAUAAUCAAUUUACAAAAAAAGAUCUCGCUUCUUCGGCACAACACGAACAAACGAUUAAAAGUCCUUGAAAAAACGUUUCGAAUAUUAAAAGGACGAGACAUUUUACGCGAAGUAAAGAAAAGAUUUGGUGAAUUCAAACGACAUGCCGCUCCAAUCACCAGCGAAACCCGAUCCCGAAAUGCAAUGAAAAAAUGCGAUCAACGACUCCGCACGGAUGUUGAAUUAUUUGAGGAUACUUGGCAAGUGGUCAAAGAAUCUGUUCGGCAGUUAAAACACGACAAUAAACGAAAUGUAAUGUGGCGAAACUUUCGAAAUGCUCAAAAUGUCGAUAACAUUUUACCUCAAUUUCAAGCUAAUGAUGCCAAUCCUUCGUCGCGCGUCAUCGCUGAAAAUGAUGAGAAUAACAUUUAA